CCAAAACCGGAAGUGGGCCGGAAGGGAUUCCCCCCUUCUCCAUGCACGUGUCUCUUCCUUUGCUCGCUCGGCGGACCGAAAAACCAUGAAACUCCUGACCCACAACAUGCUCACUUCGCACGUGCGGGGCGUGCGGCCCGGAGGUGGGUUUCCCCUUCUCAUACAGGCUACAGAGGUGAAAGUGAACGAUAUCGAUUUCAACCCCCAGUUCACGGCACGGAUGGUGCCCAAAAUUGAAUGGGCAGCUCUGGUUGGCGCGGCUGAGAGUUUGGGUCAUCGCUCAGAUCUUCCCUCCGAGCUCAUCCCCGACUACGAGAAAAAUGAAGAUUUUCUUCGGAAAGUGCAUCAUGUCUUGAUGGAGGUUUGGAACCCUUUCUUUCCUUUCUCCUUUCCAUUCCUUUUUCCCUCUCCUCUCCUUUCUU